UUUAUUUUACCAUUUGGAAUGGAAGGAUUCAAAUUAUUCAAGUAAAAUGCCAUAAUCACUCACGUCGAUAAUUAAUAAAUAGCUUGUAUUGGAAAAUAUUGAAGCGUAUGGUAAGUCUACCUCAGAAGAAUAACACAUGCGUUGUACUAGGCAAUACAAUUUGAGUAGCUAUAGGUCUAUGAUUUACGUAGGGUACAGUAGUUAUAAUAUGAAAUGAAUGUAGUCAGAGGAGCCUUUUUUAUAAUCCAACACUUACCCGGGACAAGUGCGCGUGCACAUCGUGAAUACCUUUGAUCAGCUGAUCACUGUAAACAUAGGUCGGUCACACGCUCGCAAUGGGCGUUUAUCAACUGUUGUUGUUAGGAAAGGCUGAAAUGCAUGAUGCUUGAUACAUUUCCCAACUAUGUGGCCUGCUGAUCUGACUUGUGAUGUAGUUAGUUUAGGCGUAUUGCAAAACACUUUCACCCGCGAGCGCACAAAAACAGGAAGAGUUUCAACCGAGGGAUUAGAAAAUCACAUGCCAAUGGCAACCUAGCCUACUCCUGAAGAAAUUCAGCAGCAAAGACUAUGCGACAACAAUCCCCCGGCUGAAGGACACCCCCAGAACGAUUUUUACGUUAUCUAUGGAGGAUCUGGAUCCAGAGGACCAGUUUCUGCGUCAUGCCAGGAAUGGGGAUCUUCCAGGCAUCCAGAAGCUUCUCAUGUCCAAGAUUAAAGAAGAAGCCAACAUCAACAUCAACUGCAAAGGUAAGAGUAAGUCUAACCUGGGAUGGACGCCUCUUCACCUGGCCUGUUACUUUGGACACAGAGCUGUGGUGGAGGAAUUACUCAAGGCCGGAGCGGAUGUUAAUUUGCCCAAUAAUGUGGGAGACACACCACUGCACAAAGCUGCCUUCACCGGAAGAAAGGAGGUUGUCAUGUUGCUGUUACGCUAUGAUGCAUGUGCCACUGUCAUCAAUGGAACAGCACAGAUUCCUAAAGAUGUCACUCAGAAUGGGGAGAUCAAAAGCAUGCUGGAAGCGGCAGAGAGGACAGAGGAGAGGAAACUAGAAGAAGAGCUUUUGGAGGCAGCGAGAGAGGGAGACCUUUCUACCCUGUCACAGCUGCUUAACAGGAAAAAGCCUCCAGACAUGAACUGCUGUGAUCUCUUGGGUAACACCCCACUGCACUGCGCUGCCUACCGUGGUCAGAAGCUAUGUGCCCUGAAACUGCUAAAGAAGGGUGCUAGCCCCAACAUCAAGAACAAGAAGGAUCAGACUGUGUUUGACCUCGCCAACAACACAGAGAUAAAGCAGAUCCUGGAAGGCAAUGUUCAUAAAGGUAUGACUCACCAUGUCCAGAUGUUUGAAGGAGCCCUUUGGAAGAGUUCCCGGUUUUUAGGCUGGCGUUCCUACUGGGUGGUCCUCCAAGAUGGGGUUCUGUCCUGGUACUCUAAACAGUUGGAUGCAGCUGCCAAUGUCCGAAGACAAGGCUGUAAGCCCCUGACCCAAGCCCACUGUUUGAUCAAAGCCAGAGACCACUGCUUUUUCACCCUCAAGUGCUUCGAUGACAGUGUGCAUCAUUUCAAAGUGUCCCCCAAGAAUGACCCUGAGGCAACAAGAAAAAGGUGGAUGGAUGCUAUGGAGGAACACUCUGCCUACAGCACACACUACUGCUCUCAGGAUCAGGGCAGCGAGGAGGACGAGGAAGAAGUGUUGAGUGUGGGAGAGCUGGCGGAAUCACUACAGUCAGCUGAAGCUUGUCACCUGAAGCUGGAGAAGGAGGUUGGAGCAUUCCUCUCCUUGGUGAAGGAAUACGGACUUGCAGAGCAGCUGCCACCCGCGAUGCUGCAGAAGAUGAGGGAGGUGUGUGAGCUGUCCAGUGAGACCUACUCUAAUCUCAACCACUGCCUCAGCCUCUUCUCCAGACAGGAUGGGGUGCGCAGUCUGAAAUUGGAGCAGGAGGUGGAGAAGAAUAAGAUUCUGUCUGAAGCGUUACAGACUCUGGCUACAGAGCACCAUGAACUAGAGCAGUCCGUUGUCAAGGGCUCCUCUCCGCAGGGCGCACUCAGUGAGGAUGACUUCCACGACGCUGUGUCUGACUCGGAAUCGGAGCACUCUCUGAGCGGCUUUGAGACGGUGGCCAGCCAUUCGUUCGACGAGGACGAGGAAGGAUCUGUCCUGUUCAGCAGCGAGCGUAGCAGCCUCACCAACAUGUCUCGAGAGGAUCACCAUAGGAACGAGGAUGAGUCCCAACCCAAUGGGAUCGUGAGGCACAGAACAAGUUUACCAGCACCCAUGUUCUCCAGAAAUGACUUUAGCAUCUGGAGUAUCCUGAGGAAAUGCAUUGGCAUGGAGCUGUCUAAGAUUACCAUGCCAGUGAUUUUUAAUGAGCCCCUGAGCUUCCUGCAGCGUCUGACAGAGUACAUGGAGCACACGUAUCUCAUCCACCAGGCCAAUGCCUCCUCUGACUCCAUAGAGAGGAUGAAGUGUGUGGCAGCGUUUGCUGUGUCUGCUGUGGCUUCUCAGUGGGAGAGAACUGGAAAACCCUUCAACCCGCUACUGGGAGAGACCUACGAACUGGUCAGAGAAGACCUGGGGUUCAGGUUGAUCUCAGAGCAGGUGAGCCACCACCCACCAGUCAGUGCGUUCCACGCUGAAGGCCUGAAGAAAGAUUUUGUGUUCCACGGCUCCAUCUACCCCAAACUCAAGUUCUGGGGCAAGAGCGUGGAGGCUGAACCCAAAGGCAUCAUCACACUGGAGCUGCCCAAGUAUAAUGAGGCCUACACAUGGACAAACCCUACAUGUUGCGUCCACAAUAUCAUUGUGGGGCAGCUGUGGAUUGAGCAGUAUGGCAACUUGGAGGUGCUUAACCACAAAACUGGAGAAAGAUGCUGUCUGAAUUUCAAACCCUGUGGCCUUUUUGGCAAGGAAUUGCACAAAGUUGAAGGCUACAUUCUGGACAAAAGCAAAAAGAAGGUCUGUUCUCUCUAUGGCAAGUGGACAGAGUGUAUGUACAUAGUGGAUUCUGCUGCAUUGGAGGCACAUAAGAGAAGUGGGAAGGGGACAGAGGAAAAGAAAAGCAGCAAACAGGGGUCUGGUGAGGAGGCGGAGGAGAUCCCCUUACCAGAGGCUGACACCGUAGAGGUGAUCCCAGGCAGCCAGCUCCUGUGGAGGAUAGCCCCAAGACCAGAAAACUCAACAGAGAUGUAUAGCUUCACGUCGUUUGCCAUGCAACUGAAUGAGCUGGAUAAGGAUAUGGAGGGGCUCAUCCCAAAGACAGACUGCAGGCUGAGGCCAGACAUACGAGCCAUGGAGAACGGAGAUAUUGAUCUUGCAAGUGAGGAGAAGAAGAGGCUAGAAGAGAAACAGAGAGCUGCACGCAAAACCCGUUCCAAAUCUGAUGACGAGUGGAAAACAAAAAACCCUGCCCUUGGCCCCAGGUGGUUUCACCAGGGUCAGAAUCCCCACAACGGCUCUGAGGACUGGUUGUUCUCCACUGGAUACUGGGACCGCAACUAUUCCCUAUUACCUGAUAUUUAUUAAUGGACAUUCCUUGAAUAGUGAGAUUGAUUCUUAUCCACGUCAACUUCCUUAUCUAUUAUGUGAUUCCAUUCCACUAAUUCAUUUUUUAGACCAGUUAAUUACAGCCAAUAUGCAAAUAGGAGAUUAAUACAAUAAAGCCUUAAUUUAUUACAAUUAAUAUACUGUAUAUGAAAAUAGCAAUAAUUGAUGUAUUUGUAAUA